GAGAUGGCUCAGUGAGUGUGAGCCCUGUGUUCUUUUUUUUUGGUUCUUUUUUUUUUUUUUUUUUUUUUUUUUUCGGAGCUGGGGACCGAACCCGGGGCCUUGCGCUUCCUAGGUAAGCGCUCUACCACUGAGCUAAAUCCCCAGCCCCGAGCCCUGUGUUCUUACUCGAGUUUGAGUCCCGGUGCCCUUGCUAAGGGCCAGGCAUGGCCCCGCCCCUAUGUAUCUGUAAACCCAGAACUGUGAGGGGCAGAGAAGAGAGGACCUGUGGAGGUUCUGGUAGCCAGUUUAGUUGAGGCUCAGUGAGAGACUUUGUCUCAAGGGAAUAAGGUGGAGAGCAUUAGAAUAUGACACUCAUUUUACUCCUUCCCUAGCAUUGGGGGUUGGGGGUGGGGGCUGGUAGGGAAGCAGAAGUGUAAGAACCCAAUAAAACAACACAAAACACACACACAUACACACACACAACACUCCCUAGCGCCACAACAACAUACAAGCACACACAUUUGACCUGGGCCAGGGGGAUAGCUGUGUUGUCAGAGUGCUGGCCGAGCAUGCAUGAGGCCCUGUUGCCUGGUGUAUAACAAUGUCAAUGUGCUCGGUGCCUUCAGCCUUUGUGUUUAAAACAGUUCUGAGACAGUAACUAUAGUUUACCCUAUAAAACCCUAGACAGUUGUAGUGGUGGACGUCCCCCCACGGGAGAUAGGGUGGGGACGUAAAAGUCCAGACUUUAAAUCCCAGCACUAAAGAGGCAGAGGCAGGCAGAGCUCUACCUGGUUUAUAUAGUGACUUCCAGCCAGGGCUAUAUAGAGAGACCCUGUCUCACAAAAACAAAACAAAACAAAAACAAACAAAACCCAAACACACACACUCCCCCCCACACACACACUCACACUCACACUCUCUCCCACACACCCAAGCAUAAGCGUGAUAGAGGGAAAACGGUAGCGGUGACUGGAGACACGGCUCAGCGGUUAAGUUCUAUGACUUUUCUAGAGGACUCUCCCUCAUUGAGUUCCCAGCACACGUGUGACUCACAUUCCUGUAACCCGGUUCAGGGGACGUGAAUCCUUCCGGCCUCCAUGGGCAGUGCACAUGCAGAUGGUUACAUAUACAUACAUGCAAGCAAAACACUCGUACACAUGUAUCUUAUUUACUUUUGGUUUUUCAAGACAGGGUUUCUCUGUGUAGCUCUGGCUGUCCUGGAACUCACUGCAGAACAGUCUGGCCUUGACAGAGAUCCGCCUUUCUCUGCCUCUGGGGUGUACAGCUGCACACCUCACCACUGUGUCUUUUUUUUUUUCUUCUUCUUUCUGUAAAUUACUGCGUUCAAUUAGUGCUGCCGGUUGGAAUGCUGGCUUAGGGGCUUUUCACUGGACCACGAAUGUUACUUUGUAAUAAAGAGCUUUGUUCCUGAAGGAUUGGGUUGGACUCCGUGGUCUAAAAGUUGACCGUCUAACAUGAAUAUUUUAUGAUCCUACAACUGGUUGUAUCGUCCCAGUAUUGAUUACAAUGGAAUCUCUAGUCAACAGCUAGAAAACACAGAGUUCACAUGGAAAGGAAUGUUCCUCUAGAAAACCCUCAGCCCAAGUGGCUGGGAUUGAGUGACAGAUACUUUGGAAAGGACAGAGCUUUGUCCUUGCUACUAAACCUUUUACAGCUGUGGAGUCUCACACCUGGCAGUCCCCUUAGGCGUGAAUAUCUCUCAGCAAAGGCUGAGGAGCAAAGUAGAACUAUGACAAAGGAUCAAGCACUUAUGCCUAAGUGGGGGGAGGGGCGGUGGAGGAUUAGAGUGGGGGAUGGAGAUGAGGACAUAAAAAACAAAGAACCUAUUGUUUUAGGGCUACUAUUGCUGUGAUGGAACUCAGAGACCUGAGAGACCUGAGGUUAGGCUGAUUCUGUGACAGACUUGGAAUUGGCAGUUAAGAAGACUGGGCCUGGGGCUGGGGAUUUAGCUCAGUGGUAGAGCGCUUACCUAGGGAGCGCAAGGCCCUGGGUUCGGUCCCCAGCUCCGAAAAAAAGAACCAAAAAAAAAAAAAAAAAAAGACUGGGCCUAAGAACUGGGCAAGUCCAUGCAAGCCAAUUACUAAUAGAAAACUCCAGGCUCCAACCUUCACGCCCUGAUAAUGGUUUUUGAAUGCCUAGAGCUAGAGUAAACUAAAGAUCUUAUACCCCGGAAUUCCAAUGUGCUUUAAAAGGAGCCUGCGAGCUCACUUGGUUGUCCAUCUUGGUAAUGGGAGGCCCCAGCAUGCUGGACUUGUGCAGAAUAAAACACUCUUUGUGUUUACAUACUAUUUGAGUCCAGAAUAUCAUUCUUCAGCGAAUCUUAGACUCUUACAGACCAAAGGCAAGUUGGGGAGAAAAGAAUUUAUGUGACUUACGCUUCCACCUCACUAGUCCAUCACUGAAGGAAGUCAGGACAGGAACUCAAACAGGACAGGAUCCGAGAGGCAGGAGCUGAUGCAGAUCAUGGAGCGUGCUGCUUACUGGCUUGCUCAGCCUGCUCCUGUAUAGAACCCAGGACCACCUGCCCAGGGGUGGCUCCACCCACAACGAGCUGGGCCUUCCACAUAAAUCACUAAUUAAGAAAAUACUCUACAGGCUUGCCUGCAGCCCACUUUAUAGACUGCAGCCCAUUUUCUCAAUUGGGGUUCCUUCCUCUCAGAUGAUGCUAGCCUUUGACCAGUUGACAUGAAAUUAGCCAGUUCAUCUACCUUGUCAGGGACUCAGAAGAAAAUUACUACUGUAACAUUGGGCAGGAGAGGAAUCUGAGCUGUCUGUGCAGGGCUGACUCAAAGACAACUUAAGUUGGGACUCACAGUACAUACACCUGUUGCUAUUUCAAAUGUUUAUAUUUAUUUUUAUUUAUUCAUUUUACAUCCCACUCACUGUCUCCCUCCAGGUCAUCCGCUGCCAAAAUCCUCCCCCCAUACCCCUCCCCUUCUCCUCUGAGAGGGUGGGCUCCCCCUGGGUAUCCCCCCACCCCAGUACAUCAAGUCCUCUAUGGGACUAGGUAUAUCCUCUCCCUCUGAGGCCAGAUGAGGCAGCCCAGCCAGAAGAACAUAUCCCAGACAGGCAACAGCUUUUGGGAUAGCUACCCGCUCGUUGUUCGGGACCCACAUGAAGACCAAGCUGCACAUCUGCUACACAUGCUGGGAGAAGCCUAGGUCCAGCAAAGUGUAUGCACUUUGGUUGGUGGUUCAGUCUCUGAGAACCCCAAGGUCCAGUUUAGUUGAUACUUUUGGUCUUCCUAUGGAGUCCCUAUACCCUUCAGAGUCCAUACCCUCCCCCCUAUUCUUCCAUAAGAGUCCCCAAGCUCCAUCCAAUGUUUGGCUGUGGGUGUGUCCAACCACCUGAAUCAACUGCUGGGUGGAGGAUAAAGAGCAAUGCCUGAGACCUUUAAAAAUGAACGAAUGAAUGAACGAACGAAUGAAUGAAUGAAAAUGAGGACGUGCCCACUCCACGUUUGGUGGUAGAGAAGGGUUUGAUUGUAGAUGUGUAAAGUACACCACAGGCAUCUGGAAGAGUCCUGUCUGAACCGGGCCAUGAGAGAUGAGAGGAAGUGAUGAGAGAGGGCAAGAAAGGGGAAGCAAACCAAGAGAGAAGUGGAGAGUCUGGGAGCAAGUGGUAGACAUGGCUGGACUAUACAGGGUAGAGAAGCUCAACCCCUGGGCUGGAGAGCUUUAGGGUAGGGGGCAGGGUGAGAAGCGCUGGGAGGAGGUACAGGAACUGAUACUUGACCCAUGUUUCUUUGGGACAUAACAAAACCCCUCUUGUUCCAGCUGGUCAUACAUACGCGGUAUGACCUGUUCUUCCUCACAAUCUGUGAAGUGGCCUGGUCCACAGUGGAGGCCCACUGGCGGGGAGCCUACUGCGGUUAACUGAAGAGGAAACCAAACUACUGGGCACUCGCUUGCCACGCCAACCAGGGCUGUGCUCGGGAUGUGCCCAGCCUGCUGUCUGUAGUGUGGGGCCCUUUAGAAGCCGCUGCAACCACAGGCAGCCCGAACAGAAACACUGUAAACGGACCCACUGCAAGGCUGCCGCAUCGUCACCAGGCUCAGCCAACAGUCAUACCUAGGAAGCAAUAUUUUUUUUUUGUGCCUGGACUCGCUUGAGGUGUACGGCUGCUUCCUUUUAGUCUGAGCUAGGCCGAUGGACUCAGAAAUAUACACCCAUUGAUUUUCCAGCUUUGAGGCAUGUAUACAGACCCCGCCUCCAUCCCAAGGUGUCUACAGGAAGGAUGGCGGCUGCAGGGAGGAGGGUCUCCUGUCUUCCUAAGGGUGCCCUCUCCACCAGCCUGUGGGUGGAUCGAGGCACUCUAUCAGCUGGGUGGAGCACUGAACCUAUCUAGCUGGCCAGGGCCUGCAAACCCUGAAGGAGGAAGAAACCGCAGAGCACGUGGGACCUGCAGCCGACAGGCUUUAGAGAGGUACCGUAGGCCAGGACGCCACUCUCGGCCUCUCUCCGGGGCCCCUGGGAGGCAGUUGAGUAGCUCCAGCUGACACUAGACGGAACAGCAGGAAGGAGUCGCCGCAGAGGACACAACUCCCAGCAAGCCCUGCGCCUGCCAAUCCCGGAAGGCCACGCGCGGAGGCUCAUGGGGCGGGACUUUCCCGGCUGACCUCGCGCCGUCCACUCCCGGAAGGCGACUUUUUCCAGAGGGCGUGGCCUGCGAGGCGCUACAGUCGUCGCCUGCUCCCAGAAGGCUACGGGUGAGGACGCGGGGGCGGGGCGCUCCCGGCCUGCUCUGCGGCGCGUCUCCGCCCGCGGGUUUUGAAUUAGGGAUUGUGGCGACGCUAUCAUGGGUGCUCCGGCGCUGCCCCCGACCUGGCAGCUGUACCUUAAGGACCACCGCAUCUCCACCUUCAAGAACUGGCCCUUCCUGGAGGAUUGCUCCUGCACCCCAGAGCGGAUGGCGGAGGCUGGCUUCAUCCACUGCCCUACCGAGAAUGAGCCUGAUUUGGCCCAGUGUUUUUUCUGCUUUAAGGAACUGGAAGGCUGGGAACCGGAUGACAACCCUAUAGAGGAGCAUAGGAAGCACUCCCCUGGCUGCGCCUUCCUUACAGUCAAGAAGCAGGUGGAAGAACUGACCGUCAGCGAGUUUUUGAAACUGGACAAACAAAGAGCCAAGAACAAAAUUGCGAGCCCCUCCCUCUGGGCCACACCGCAGCCCCAUUGUGUCUGUUCGUCAUUCCAGGCAAAGGAGACCAACAACAAACAGAAAGAGUUCGAGGAGACCGCGAGGACGGUCCGCCAGUCCAUUGAGCAGCUGGCUGCCUUACGCUGAGCCUUUGCUGGGCAACCUGGACCUGAGUGACAUGCCACGGCUAAGCCACUUGUCCCAGCUUUCCAGGCCUGCCUGGCCGCCUUGGUGUCUUACAGGAGACCGUGACAUUUCGAAACUGGACAUCAGAUGAUUUGGGGUUUUGCUUUAAAGGGGCUCAGCCUGCGUGGCCACCUCUCUUUGGUUUUGUGGCUUUGCUCUAUUGUGACCUGGACUUAAGCACUGAGGAAGGGAGUGGAUGAGGGACAGGAUUCUCUGACAGGAUCUAUGGGGUGGGGAGGGGGGUGAAGGGAGGGUUGUGCAAGGCCUUUCUGGUCUUGAUGUUUCCAUGCCUGGCAGCUGUCGCAGCCCAUGUGUAGGUGUGGUUUAUAUAUGUUUGUGCUGAUAAUUCUUCUGUCCUUCUGAUGAGUCCUCCUACCAUGGGGUAAUGGAAUAAAAUAACUUAACAAAGUG